AAGAUGAAUAGAAUCAAGUUAGGGCACAAAGCCCGCUGAAGAAGGCGACACCAGAGGACGGAGACGAUCGCACCAGAGUAGAAAUCGAAGGUUGACGCAGCGGAACCAACCAGCAAUCUUGUCAGUCACCCUUUCAAUACCGUUGAAGGGUGCUUCAGCUUUUCCUCAGCAACUUCUGGUAACAAAAGGGGGAAAUGGCGCCGAUCUUCUUUAUCAUCGUGGCUUUUUUUUGCACUAUCGGUUCCAUUGCUUUGGCUAUUUUCCACAUUUACCGGCACCUAUUGAAUUACACGGAGCCUACUUACCAGAGAUUCAUUGUGCGCAUCAUCUUUAUGGUCCCGGUAUAUGCAUUGAUGUCUUUUUUGUCCCUUGUUUUGCCGAAGAGCUCAAUAUAUUUCAACUCCAUCCGCGAAAUUUAUGAAGCUUGGGUCAUAUACAAUUUUCUGUCAUUGUGCCUGGCAUGGGUUGGUGGCCCUGGAGCAGUCGUGCUAAGCUUAAGUGGUCGGAUUCUCAAGCCUUCCUUGUGUUUGAUGACAUGUUGCUUUCCUCCCAUUCCACUUGAUGGGCGUUUUAUACGCAGGUGCAAACAGGGGUGUUUGCAGUUUGUGAUUUUGAAGCCCGUCUUAGUUGCAGUUACGCUCAUACUAUAUGCAAAAGGGGAAUACAAAGAUGGAAAUUUCAGCCCCAAACAAGCAUAUCUGUAUCUUACCAUCAUCUAUACAAUGUCUUACACAAUGGCUCUAUACGCUUUGGCAUUGUUUUAUGUGGCAUGCAAAGAUCUGCUUCGACCAUUCAAUCCUGUUCCAAAGUUCAUUAUAAUUAAAUCAGUGGUGUUCCUUACUUAUUGGCAGGGUGUGCUGAUUUUUCUUGCUGCAAAAUCUGGAUUCAUAAAUGAUACUGAUGAAGCUGCUGAGUUUCAAAAUUUCGUAAUAUGUGUUGAGAUGCUUAUUGCUGCUGUCGGUCAUCUUUAUGCAUUCCCCUAUAAAGAGUAUGCUGGUGCAAACAUUGGCGGGUCUCGUGGUUUGACGAGAAGCCUUGCACAUGCCUUAAAGUUGAACGACUUUUACCAUGACACUGUCCAUCAGUUUGCACCUACUUAUCACGAUUAUGUGCUCUACAACCACAGCGAGGGUGAUGAGGGAACAAGGAAGUACCGGUCUCGUACCUUUGUGCCAACUGGCCAGGAGAUGGAUGCUGUAAGGAGAAACAAACACGUUUUUGGAAACAAGAUGGAUGACAUUCAACACUCCAGUCUCUCAUCGUCUGGUACAAGCACUCCUACAAAUCCUGGCACACUGCCUAAUUCUGUGCAUACUGAUGUUAUGAAAUCUUCUCUUCUUGUGGAUACAUCAAAUUCUAUUUCUGUACCAUACGACAUGUCACUUAUUGAUGUGGACAUUUCCAGUUACCCUGCAAAAGUUCCUGCAGCAAAUGAAACUGGGAGUAGAUGACAAUUGACAAUAAUGCCGAAAAUGAUGCAAACAGGUAAGAAGAGUGUCCUCACUGAACUAGAAGUGUCAGAUGUUGGUUCUGCUCUGCGAGAGCCUUUGAUGCAUAUGAUUGUGUGCUGAUAUUGGUGUUGUUAUAUUAAAGAGUGUUGAGCCCUCAGUCCUCUCUUGUUUCUCCAGUUUCAAGCAAUUGUUGUUGGUAGUCAGCUCCCAACGGAAACUAUUUAGUGGCCUAUGUUGAUUUGAAACAUUUUACUGCCCUGUUUGCAACAGAAACGUCAUAGCGCCAAACAUGAAAUUGGGUUUUUGAUAUGUUGCUUAGUGCCUGUAUAUUUUGAAGAUGAUAUUGUUCAACAGAUUCCCUUGGUUUAUGACUCAGCAGCUUCAUUUGUAUCUAA